UUGCAUGCGUCAGCCCGCUGUACUCACUCUGUCAGACAACUUCUUUCAGCUGAUCGUCCAGAGCAAAUACUAAAUUCUCAUUCAUGUCCACAGGCGUCACAUCAGUAUCAUCUUCUGCUACUAAAACGCCAAGGCGAAAGUCCAAGGCCAAGAAGUCAGGACCCACCGUCUCUGAUUUGAUCCUCAAGGUUUUGUCAGACUUCAAGGAGCGCGGUGGUGUUUCUCUGGUUGCUUUAAAGAAAGCACUUGCUGCUAGUGGUUAUGAUGCUGCAAAAAACAUCCCUCGCAUCAAACUGGCUGUGAAGCGGUUGUUGGCCAAAGGUGGCCUGACUCAGACCAAAGGCACUGGCGCGUCUGGAUCAUUUAAGAUCAGCACGAUAGCUGUAACAAAAUCAAAGAAGCCGAAGGCGAAAAAGGCAAAGAGGAAGACUACUAAGAAACCUGCAGGGACGAAGAAAACAACAAAGAAGAGCAGGAAAAGUUGAAAAGGUUUUGAAAAAGCCAGCGAGACAACUGCGGACAAGAGCCAAACGUAGAGCUGCCAAAACAAACAAAGCAAAAACGGCGAAGAAAUAAGAUGACUGU